AGCGUAUGUUUUUCCUUUCUUUACCAUUUUUCUUUUUCUAGCUAGUGAGAGAAGGCAAGCAAGAGAGAGAAAAGAAGGGCUUGACAGUACACAAGCUUUGCUCGGGGCAGGUGUUCCUUUUUUCACAUUUUUUGCUCACACUUUUUCCUUGGUUUUUCUGCUCUUCUUUCUCUCUCACCUUUGAGCAAAAAACAUCCUUUUACCUCCCUCUCUCUCUCAAGCUUUCUGCUUUAUUUUCAAUUUCCUUUUCUUCUGCUCAAACUUUUUCCUUGAGGUGGGGUCGUUUGAUUUAGUGACAUUGGUUCACUUCAACACCUUCACUUGAUUUUGCUUCUUGAAAAGUUUCACUAUUUAGGUGCCUUUCUUUUUCCUCCCUCUCCCUCUUUUCUUGCUGCUUUUUCCUGUUUAUAAUACUGAUUUUCUUGCAAUAAUGACACUUCCUUAACACAUACACACCACUCUCACACCUUUCUUCUGUUACAGCUUCAUUUUCAUCUGUAUCCCUAAAUUUUGCGCUCUUUAAUUACUUCUACUUGCUGUUAGCUCAAAGAGAUAUUGAAGAUUAGAAGAAGCAAGAAAUGGCAGGCGGAGGUCCAGCACCGAAGGCCGACGAGCCAGCGCCGCACCCGCCGAAAGAUCAGCUUCCCAAUGUUUCUUUCUGCAUUACCAGCCCUCCUCCAUGGCCGGAGGCGAUCCUUCUUGGGUUCCAACAUUAUCUGGUAAUGCUUGGCACGACGGUCAUCAUACCCACUGCCCUGGUUCCCCAAAUGGGUGGAGGAAACGAGGAGAAAGCAAAAGUUAUUCAGACGCUAUUGUUCGUUUCGGGGUUGAACACGCUGUUGCAAACGUGGUUUGGCACCAGAUUACCUGUUGUAAUUGGAGGUUCAUACACCUUUGUUGCCCCCACAAUCUCAAUUAUCCUGUCUGGUAGAUGGAAUGACCCAGAUCCUGUAUCGAGGUUCAAGAAGAUCAUGCGGGCUACCCAGGGUGCACUUAUUGUUGCUUCAACGAUUCAAAUUGUGCUAGGUUUCAGUGGUCUAUGGCGUAACGUUGCAAGAUUUCUGAGUCCACUCUCAGCUGUUCCUCUGGUUGCUCUUGCUGGUUUUGGGCUCUACGAGUUUGGUUUUCCUGGGGUUGCCAAAUGCAUUGAGAUUGGACUGCCAAUGCUCAUUGUUAUAGUUCUCUUUUCUCAGUAUUUGGUCCACUUGGUUAAACCAGGAAAGAAUAUCCUCGACCGCUUUGCUGUUAUAUUCUCGGUGGUAAUUGUAUGGAUCUAUGCCCAUCUACUUACUGUAGGUGGGGCCUAUGAUGGAAAAUCACCAAAGACCCAAGCAAGCUGCAGAACUGAUCGUGCAGGACUUAUUGAUGCUGCUCCAUGGAUAAGAGUUCCUUAUCCUUUCCAAUGGGGAGCUCCGUCAUUUGAUGCUGGUGAAGCCUUCGCUAUGAUGAUGGCUGCAUUUGUUGCUCUUGUAGAGUCGACUGGUGGCUUUAUUGCUGUUGCCAGAUAUGCCAGUGCAACUGCUAUUCCCCCAUCGAUUCUCAGCCGUGGGGUUGGCUGGCAGGGAAUCGCUAUCUUAUUAUCUGGGUUGUUCGGAACUGGCAAUGGAUCAUCCGUGUCUAUUGAGAAUGCUGGCCUAUUAGCACUGACACGUGUUGGCAGUCGAAGAGUAGUUCAGAUAUCUGCUGGAUUCAUGCUUUUCUUUUCUGUUCUUGGGAAAUUCGGAGCAGUCUUUGCUUCGAUUCCAGCACCUAUCGUGGCUGCUCUGUACUGCCUCUUCUUCGCAUACGUUGGUGCCGCUGGUGUGAGUUUCCUCCAGUUCUGCAACCUCAACAGUUUCCGAACAAAGUUCAUAUUAGGAUUUUCCAUCUUCCUUGGGUUCUCGAUCCCCCAGUACUUCAACGAGUACACAGCUAUACAGGGGUUCGGCCCCGUUCACACCUCAGGCAGAUGGUUCAACGACAUGGUGAACGUGCCCUUCUCAUCGGAAGCUUUCGUUGCUGGCUUACUGGCAUACUUCUUGGACAACACCCUGCACAGGAAAGAUGGAGGGAUUAGGAAAGACAGAGGCAAGCACUGGUGGGACAAGUUCCGCUCCUUCAAGACUGAUUCGAGAAGUGAGGAAUUCUACUCCCUUCCCUUCAACUUGAACAAGUAUUUCCCGUCUGUCUGAUUGCGACGGUGUAAGGGAUUUUCGCCGGAAUCUGUGGUCGGUAAGUGCCCCCUGUUACUAUACCACUCUUCUUUGACUUGUGCCUUUUGUAACCUGGUAAUAGAGAGAGAUGAAAUAGCCUGACAUUUUCAAAGAUGUCUUAGAUUAUUUAUUUGUAUGUUUUUUCUUAUCUCUUUUUGGUGUAAAUUUAUUCGUUAUAUAAGUAGCACGAUGCAAAUUGCUGCUUUUA